AUGGCUACCGUCAAACCUGACCCAGGCACAAAGCUCGAGCCUAAAUCUGAGAACCAAGAUAUCGAUAUGACCAGCAUUCCAUCCAUAAAGCCUGAGUCCGAUGAUGAACUAUACGAGGAUGCCGGGGAUCUUGAUAUGGUCGAGGGCAGUAAAGCCGUUUGGCUCGUUAAGCUACCAAGCUUUGUAGCGGAGCGCUGGAAUGAUAUCGAUGAGGAUGAGGAGAUUGUGUUGGGGGUUGUGAAGGUCAACCCGAACAAUAACGAGCAGCUUAAAUUAUCUUUGGAGCGAAAUGAGGUGAAUGGAGAUGUGCCUACAGAGUAUGACCUCCGAAUUACCAACAUGGAAGUUACGAACACAUUUGUGUUUACGGAAAAGGAUAUGCCGGGAUUUUCGAGUAAGAUGAAUACCGGUGGAGUAAAAGAAGGGGAGCCGCCAAUGCCGCCGAGAUUUCUCUACCAGGAUCGGAAUAAGGAGGGCGGCGGUGACAGAGGUGGCGGCGGUGGUGGUGGAGGCGGAAAAGGAAAUUGGGGGAAGCCACAGAGAUUCCAGCCAUAUAUAAGGAAGGCUAUACCGAAACGGACGGCAUUAGCAGGAACGGUCAGACACGAGUGCUCUAUGAGUCCGGUAUUGAAUACGGAGUAUAAGGCUUUUCAAGCUUCCAAAUUCGAUCAGGCAAAUACCCCGAGAGUUACGACAAAGUUUUUGGACGAUCAGCAUAUUGGUGGAAACUUGUUGGCGCCGGGUACUACAGGUGCUGGUUCAAAGAGUUUCAGCGCAUUUAUUAAACAAACCGAGAAAGUACGAAAACCAACCGACAAUAAGGCUGCACGUAUUCCACACGCCGAACUUGUCUCGGCGCUUUUUACAUGUUUUGGCGAGCACGAAUAUUGGUCAAUGAAGGGCCUCCGUGAGAGGCUCGUACAGCCUGAACAGUACCUCAAGUCAGUUCUCGAAGAAAUUGCACAGAUCAAUCGAAACGGACCUUACGUUGGGAAGUGGCAGUUGAAGGACGAGUAUAAGCCUGAUAGUCAGAAAGAACCUGGUGAAGGAGGGGAGGCAAAUGGAGGCGCUGGGGAUGUUAUCCAGAUUGAUGAUGAUGAUGACGAUGAUCUUGUCGAGAUGGAGGAUGUACCAAUGUAG